ACACACCUUUCCUAAGGCACGGUUCCGAUAAUUAAAGUUCACAAAAUGGUGGAGGGAGAGAAGAAAGAGGGUAUUAUCACUACUAUAGUGAGAAAACCAUCCGAUAAACCCGAAUAUGGGUGCGUGGAUUCUGCUGUAUCCCUGGUACACAACCCAGGGAUCCCAGAUUGUCAUACUCAAGCCGCAAAAGAGAUUGUUUUAAGUUCACUAAUGAAUGACUCGACUGCGUCCGGUAUUCUGUCCGCAAAGCAUGUCAAUAGAGUUCACAAACUCUACAACACUGGCGUGAACUCUAUCCAACCCAGUGCCCACGAAGGAAGCAACGCACAGACUGUGCGUAACGAAAGCGUUGAGGAUUACAGAAUGAUUAGAAGAGGUUUAAGUGAUAAUGUUGCUGCUAUGAAGAGCAGGGGUAAGGUAAAGUUUAUUAGGCAAACGAGCAAGCCUGCUGGCAAACCUGUAAAGAUAUCGCAGCCAACAGAAUAUGGCCACGUUUAUCUGAACAUUUAUGACCUUGAGUCAGUAAACAAGGUCGUAAAUGUCGUGGCUGGGACGUUUGGCGCCGGUGCCUAUCAUGCUGGUGUUGAGAUUUAUGGAUAUGAGUACAAUUACGGAUACACAUCGCUUGGAGGGACAGGUGUUAUGCAGUCAUUCCCACGUUUUCAUCCAUCGCACGUGUAUCGCAAAACUAUUGACCUUGGGAAGACUAGAUUUUCCCCUCGUGAGGUAAAUGAAAUUGUAGAGCGCCUGAAGUUACAGUGGCCCGGUAAUAAGUAUGAUCUUUUGAAGAGGAAUUGCCUAAAUUUUGCAAAUGCCUUUUGUGUUGAAUUGGAGGUAGGGGAAAUACCUUCUUGGGUUAUGGGCCUACAGAAUAAGAUCAAUUGGACCUGUGAUAGCUUUAAUAGUGGUGCUGCCAAGAUUAAGGAAUUCGACCGCACAGUAGGUAUCAGCAGGGCGUUCGGCACUUUGCAGCGCAAGUUGACAGGCCAAAGUGUUACCAAAUGAUCAACACAUUACAGAUAGAUGCAAAAUUAUUACCAUUUCAGAGUCGGCCAAAUCGACAAAAUAUGAACCAGACCGUGUCUGACGACGGAAUUCUUCGUCCAAGAUGCACUACUAAUAUUUUACAAUGAAUA